AACGGCCACAGGGAGGUUGUCCACUUGCUGGUUAUCCACGGGGCUGCAGUGGACGCGAUGACCCAGGAAGGAGCUACGGCGCUACACUCGGCGGCGUACAACGGCCACAGGGGCGUCGUCAGCCAGCUGGUCGAGGAUGGUGCUGACGUCAACGUGGUGACGAAGGACGGUUGGACGCCGCUGAUGUAUGCUGCGCAGAAAGGCCACCUGCAGGUGGCGGCAACCUUCCUUGAAAGGGGGGCGGAGGUCAACCAACAAAACGAG